UAAGAUGGAGCAAGAGGGUGUUGGAGAAACAGGAGGGAAUGGGUGGUGGACAGCAGAAGGAGAUAGAUAAGAAUGUGUGUCAGUGAAUCAGGGAGAGUGGAGUAGAGAUUAAGCUGGACAGUACUGGACUAGUAUAGAGAAGACACAACACGCAGCCAAACAUUUCCUUCAUCCAUCUGGAGACAAAGAAAAAGGAAAAUGAAGAGUUUGGCCAAACUUCAGGGAACCCCAGAGCAACUGCUGAUGUCUUUAUCAAACCCAUCCCUGGACUUAAGUAACCAGCACUGGAUCCAAGAAAGCAAUGAAGGGUGUACUUUACUGGAAGACAGCUGUGGUUGUUCAAAGAAGGGCGCAAAAUUGGAAACUGAAGAACAAAGCUGUAACUCAAGACCCAAACGCAUACCUGAGGGCAAAGAGUCAUACACGUUGACAGGGCUUGGCGAUGUCUCCUUGCCUACUGAUACACCUUUGACCUCCGUCUCCAUUGAUGACCUUUCUCCAAUCUCACCCAGCAAAUAUCAGCCUCUCUCCACUAGACGGCCAUCUACCACAUCUACCCACUCUCUCAAGGCCCUCAAGAGAUGGUUGAGCAGCCCAGUUCGAAAGCUGAGUCUGGGAGGUGGUGGCAAGGGUCAGAGCUCAAAGGUCAUUCAGAGCCCAGACAGGUCAGGCUAUAUGUUUCUACCCCUCUCACCAGCUCAAAGCCCAUUGAGCCCAACAGAGAAGUCCAAAAAACUGCCCCACUCCUACAGAUCUCUGGACUAUGAUGAACUUUCAGGGCCAGCAUCUCCUGACAGUCCCUAUUACCCAAGAUACCUAAAUGAUCUCUUGCAGAGGCAUCAGUCUCGCGAUGUGCUUUAUGGGGAGAGAGGUGCCUCCUUAAAUGAUGAGACACACGUACAAUCGCUGAGCCUGCAGGAUGAAGAACAGGAGAAAAGAAGUGCAUUAGAGAAAACCAUAUAUGUGCUGACAGAGCUGGUCGAGACAGAGAAGCUAUAUGUGGAAGAUCUGGGGCUUGUAGUGGAGGGUUAUAUGGCUACAAUGAAAAGUGUUGGAGUGCCUGAGUAUUUGGAAGGAAAGGAUAAAAUAGUGUUUGGGAACAUUCAUCAGAUCUAUGACUGGCACAAAGACUGUUUUCUUGGAGAGUUGGAGAAAUGUGUGUCUGAACCUGACCUGCUGGCACAACUGUUUAUCAAACAUGAGAGGCGGCUCAACAUGUAUGUGGUCUACUGUCAGAACAAGCCGAAGUCAGAGCACAUCGUCUCAGAGUACAUUGAAACCUAUUUUGAGGAACUGAGACAACAGCUGGGUCACAGACUGCAGUUAAAUGACCUGCUCAUCAAACCUGUUCAGAGAAUCAUGAAAUAUCAGCUGCUGCUGAAGGAUUUCUUGAAGUACUACACUAAAGCAGGCAGACAAACAGAAGAUCUUGAGAGGGCAGUGCAGGUGAUGUGUUUUGUUCCAAAACGAUGUAACGACAUGAUGAAUGUUGGAAGACUACAGGGUUUUGAGGGUCAGCUGAGAGCACAAGGGAAACUCUUGCAACAGGACACUUUUACAUUCAUUGAGAAUGAGAACAGCAUCCUCUCCCGUCCCAAGGAGAGACGGGUGUUCCUCUUUGAGCAGCUUGUCAUCCUCAGUGAGCCAAUUGACCGCAAGAAAGGCUUUUCCCUGUCAGGAUACAUCUAUAAAAACAGCAUCAAGAUUAGUUGUUUGGGCAUUGAGGAUUGUUGCCCAGACGACUCAUGUCGGUUGGUGUUGACGUCUCGUAAUGUAGAUGGAAGCAUCCAGCGAUUCAUUCUUCGUGCAUCAACUCCAGAAAUCAGAAUGUCCUGGGCAAAUGACAUCAUACAGAUGCUGGAGACACAGCGCAACUUCUUAAACGCUCUGCAGUCUCCUAUUGAAUUCCAGAGAAAAGAAAUUAAAUCCCUCAGCCUGGGAAAGAACAUAACAACAUCACCCUCACUGAACUCUGACCUGCGACCCUAUAGCUCUGCCUCAGUGGACCGCCAGGGUCUGCCCUGCCUGCGCUCCUGGAAUUCCUCACAACCUUCCACGCCUCAUUGAAAGCUUUCUGACAGUUCUGCAAAGGCACUUUCUCAUCUUCCUCUGCCCUCAACCCAAGCAAUGGGCCAUCUGUUACCCUCAGGAGAACAUUUUAAGG